AUGGAAGGCUCGCCAUCUAUGAAAGCAGUUAUCGCCCCCGCUGCCAGCGACCCGACUAAAAAUGCGGCUGAUCCAGCGGUGAGAAAUACCUUCGCCUCUGACCUUCGAUUACUUCAAGUCGAUUUUGCAGUCCGAGAUGACAGGUCUCCAAUUGGCUGGAUCUUUGGUACUUUCAUGUAUACCGGCACUAAACAUGAAAGCAAUGUAAGGAACGUUCUCGAAGUCGAGGCGUAUAUACUGAAUGGAGCUCAGGCAUGGAACCGUAUUAUCCCUGUGGGUAUAAUGUGGGGCAACGACCCACUUAUGAACCAGGCUGCCUUCAACCAAGGCUCUAAACCAGCAGAGUCAUGGAUCAAUCCCAAAGCCGAAACUCUACGAGUCUCUUUAGCAGGAUCUCGGCCUAGCUGGGGUUGGAAUGGACGGUUGAACGGGCCCGGUGCGAGCUCCUCCCCCUGCUCUCCAGAUUCAAGAAUUGUCCUGACCAUACCAACCACAGCGGAUAAUUUCAUAUCAUCUUGUGCGUCCUGUCACUCUGUCGCGCAAAAGACUGGUGAAUCCGCCAUGACCCAGCCGGAGCCUAGACUUGAAAAUGGCAAGUACAUCCCGGUCGAUGAUUCAAAAACUAUGAACUGGUAA